AUGACGGAGCCCGAGAAUUUCGAAGAGGACCUCUUUGCUGAUCUUUACGAUGACAACGACGCAGCCGCGAAGCCUCCUCCUGCCCCAGUACCUGUAGCGGAACCGCCAACCAACGAUCAGCAAAACUCGGCACCGAGGCCGAGUGAUGCUGCAAACGACGAUGAAGAGAUGCAUCAUGACGGCGGAGAUGAAGAAGAUGACGACGACGUUGACUUUAACCUUGGAGGCGGCUCUAGUAAUGCCGUUGCUGCUCCUCACCAGGAUCCUGGCUCGUCGACACCUCCGUAUGGAACUGUUCACAAGGCAAGCGCCAAGGAUGACGGAAAAAUGUUUAUUGGUGGACUGAAUUGGGAGACGACGGACCAAUCACUUCGAGAGUACUUUGAACAGUUUGGUGAAGUUGUCGAGUGUACCGUCAUGCGUGAUAGUACGACCGGACGAUCUCGUGGAUUUGGCUUUUUGACGUUCAAGGAUGCCAAGACUGUGAAUAUUGUCAUGGUCAAGGAGCACUUUUUGGACGGCAAGAUUAUUGACCCCAAGAGAGCCAUCCCAAGAGAUGAGCAGGAAAAGACGAGCAAAAUCUUUGUCGGAGGAGUCAGCCAAGAGACCACAGAUCAAGAGUUCCGGGACUACUUUGCGCAAUUCGGACGAGUUGUCGACGCCACGCUCAUGAUGGACAAGGAUACGGGGCGUCCUAGAGGGUUUGGUUUCGUGACGUUCGAAAGCGAGGCCGGCGUCGAGGCUUGUAUCAACGUACCUCUCGAGAUUCACGGCAAACCCGUCGAAGUGAAGCGGGCACAGCCGCGAGGCAAUCUUCGUGAGGAGGAAGAGGCUGCCAAGCGUAGCAAGUUCAAGAAGGACGACCAAUCUGGCGGACAGGGCAUGAGCCAGCAAAUGGGCAAUAGUGGCAUCACGCCGCAGGUCAUGGCACAGUAUUUCCAACGAAUGCAGCAGUACUUUGCCAUGUUCACCGGCCAAAUGGCCAUGAACCGAGGCAUGAACAUGAACCCAGCCAUGUGGCAACAAAUGAUGCAGAUGCAGCAGAUGCAACAGAUGAUGGGCCGAGGCGGCGGAAACCCUCAGAACAUGAUGGGCAACAUGAACCCUCAGAUGAUGCAGCAGAUGCAGCAGCAGAUGCAGCAACAAAUGAUGCAACAACAGAACCAGCAGCAACAACCGCAACAAGGGCCGGGCUCGCCAACGCAAUCAGACCAAGGCGGCUACGGCCAGUUCAGCCAACCACCGCCCAGUGGCCCAUCUGGCGGCAGGCGAGGCGGUAGAGGAGGUGGUUAUGGAAUGGGCGGUGGCCGUGGAGGAGGAGGCGGAGGCGGUCCAACUUCCUGGGAAGGCAUGUAUGACGACGUCCCGCAGCCUGACGCCGGAGGAUAUCGUCGUGGCGGACACGGCUCUUCGGACGGUGGACACGGCGGCGCCGCACCAUUGAAUGCUCCCACGGGUCCCAAGAAUGCAGGUCGCCCAGGAGCAAACUAUCGCGGCGGCGGUCGUGGUGGAAGCCGGGGAUAUCACCCCUAUGCUCGAUAA